AUGACCCUUGUAAUUAAUAAAAAUCUAAAACAACAAAAUUCAGCAACUCCCUCCAAAAGCACAAAACGCAACCGCGCCAUUUUGCCCUUGUUUAUCACAAACAAAACAAGUUCAAUUCGAAGUCAUCUACUACCCUCGAAAACCAAACCAUCGCCGGAAAACCCAGCCGGACUUAACCGUCGCAAGGAAAAGGCCGCCGGAAACCUUUACAGACUCCAGGUUCUCCCUCUACUUCCAAUUUUCCUUCCUAUUUGCCAGCGAGGAUGCCAUCCCGGCGCGAAUCGCGGCCGCGAUAGCCGCCCAUGCGAACGGCAUCGUAUCAGAUCUAAACUCCGCGGCACGAUUCCGCAAUUGCGCGCUUUAGCUGUGCAAUUGUAUCAUAGCGUUUGUUGA